AGCCCCGCCAAGCCGGCGCCAUUGCUGGAAGCGUUCCCGCCCUGCUCUGCGAGUGCCCUCAGUUGUCCUCAGUUCGGCAGCCAGAUAUGCCAUUGCAAGACUCCACUCUUGCCAGAGAGGGGAACCCGGAGGAAGAGAUUAGGGCUGCUAUGGUUUUUUCAGUUGGACCUCUGAAUCCGGAAGAUUCCCAGCCAGAUGAAGAACUUCACCUUCAGGCAGAAGAGCCGGAACUGGUAAAGGAUUCCGUGACAUUUAAAGAUGUGGCUAUAGACUUCACAUUAGAAGAGUGGAGGUUGAUGGACCCUUCACAGAGGAACCUACACAAGGAUGUGAUGCUAGAGAAUUAUAGGAAUCUUGUCUCCCUGGGGCUCGCAGUUUCCAAACCAGACAUGAUAUCUCAUUUGGAGGAUGGAAAAGGACCAUGUGUUGUAGAGAGAGAAAUUGCAAGAACUCCCUAUCCAGAGUUGGAGACCAAACCUGCAACCAAGAAUGUAUCAAUCGAGGAUAUUUCUGAAGAUGUAUCACCAGAGACCAUAAUAUAUAAACUCACAGAGAAUGGUCUAUGGAACUCCAGAAUGGGAGGAUUAUGGGAAUGGAAUGAAAGGAUAUUGAGAUUGCAAAAUAGUCAGGAAAAUCAUUUGAACCAAAAAAUAGUUACUCACGAGAAAAUUCCCUCUUGUCAAAGAGGCUUUAGAUUUGGAUCUAUUCUUUUUCCUGAAGCAGGAGUUACCAGAGAAGAACCCCACAGCAAAUGCCAAACACGUGAAAACUUCACUGAGAAUUUAGAUUUGAUUACAGAUACACAUAUGGGGAAGAAAAUUUGCAAGGAUACAGAAGGCAGCAAAGCCAUAAGGCCUACUUCAGAACUUACGUUAGGGAAAAAAUACAAUAAUAAAGAAAAGCCCUAUAAAUGUAGUACAUGUGAAAAGUCCUUUCGUUAUAGGUCACUACUCAUUCAACAUCAGAGAACUCACACUAAAGAAAAACCUUAUGAAUGUAAUGAAUGUGGGAAAAUGUUCAGCCAGCCUUCAUAUCUUAGUCAACACAAAAAAAUUCACACUGGAGAAAAACCCUAUAAAUGUAAUGAAUGUGGAAAGGCCUUCAUUGCUUCUUCAUCACUUAUGGUACAUCAGAGAAUUCAUACUAAGGAGAAACCUUAUCAAUGCAAUGUCUGUGGAAAAUCUUUUAGCCAGUGUGCUCGCCUUCAUCAACACCAGAGAAUUCAAACCGGAGAGAAACCCUAUAAAUGUAGUGAAUGUGGGAAAGCUUUCAGUGAUAAAUCAAAACUUGCAAGACAUCAGGAAACUCACAAUGGAGAGAAACCCUACAAAUGUAAUGAUUGUGGGAAAGCCUUUAGGAAUAAGUCAUAUCUUAGUGUACAUCAGAAGACCCAUACUGAAGAGAAACCAUAUAAAUGCAAUGAAUGUGGGAAAUCUUUCAAGAAUACCACAAUUUUUAAUGUCCAUCAGAGAAUUCAUACUGGAGAGAAACCCUUUAGAUGUAAUGAAUGUGGGAAAGCCUACAGAAGUAAUUCAAGCCUUAUUGUACAUAUAAGAACUCAUACUGGGGAAAAACCCUAUGAAUGUAAUGAAUGUGGGAAAGCAUUCAAUCGUAUAGCAAAUUUCACAGAACAUCAAAGAAUUCAUACAGGAGAAAAACCCUAUAAAUGUAAUGAAUGUGGGAAAGCAUUCAUUAAUUAUUCAUGCCUUACUGUACACCACAGAAUGCAUACAGGAGAGAAACCUUAUAAAUGUAAUGAGUGUGGAAAGGCCUUCAUGCGUUCUUCAUCCCUAAUUAUACAUCAGCGAAUUCAUACUGAAGAGAAACCUUAUCUAUGUAAUGAAUGUGGGGAAUCUUUCAGAAUAAAAUCACACUUAACUGUACAUCAGAGGAUUCAUACUGGAGAGAAACCAUAUAAAUGUAAUGAAUGUGAGAGGGCAUUUACCAAAAUGGUAAAUCUCAAAGAGCAUCAGAAAAUUCAUACUGGAGUGAAACCUUAUAAAUGCUAUGAUUGUGAAAAAUCUUUUAGGACUAAGUCAUACCUUAUUGUACAUCAAAGGACACAUACUGGAGAAAAACCAUAUAAGUGUAAUGAUUGUGAGAAAGCUUUCACUAAUACAUCACAACUUACUGUACAUCAAAGAAGGCAUACUGGCGAAAAACCCUAUAAAUGUAAUGAGUGUGGGAAGGUUUUCACAAGUAACUCAGGCUUUAAUACCCAUCAGAGAACGCAUACCGGAGAGAAACCAUUUAAGUGUAAUGACUGUGGGAAAGCAUUUAGCCAGAUGGUACAUGUCACAGAACAUCAGAAAAUCCAUAGUGGAGAGAAACCCUAUAAAUGUGAUGUCUGUGGAAAAGCCUUUAGGAGGGGUUCAUACCUAACAGUGCAUUGGAGAACACAUACUGGAGAAAAACCCUAUACAUGCAAGGAAUGUGGAAAAGGUUGCAUCACUCUAUCGCAGCUAACUCUACAUCAGAGAAUUCAUACUGGGGAAAGGCCCUACAAAUGUGAAGAAUGUGGAAAAGCCUUCAGAACCAACUCAGACUUUACUGUACAUCUGAGGAUGCAUACUGGAGAAAAACCCUAUAAAUGUAAUGAAUGUGGAAAAGCCUUUAGGAGUAGCUCAAGCCUUACUGUACAUCAAAGAAUACAUCAAAGAGAAACUCAGCUAAUAUAAAGAUUAAUAAAUCAUUCAUCCAGAUGCCAACUCCACAAGAAGAAUCAUAAACUGUGUCUUUUAUGAAUGUGGGAAAACUUCCAGGAGCAAUUCAUCAGAAAAUACACACUUAAGAGAUACU